CCAAGGUGGAUGCAUAUAAAUUGAUAUACAAUCAUUUUUGUCAAUGUUCACACUCACAUCGACACUGGGACAAUGGCUACAGAUUGGAGGACUGAAACCAGAACCAUUCUGACUCCACUCUCAUCAGCCUUCUGUAUCUGUAUUUGUCUCAUCUUUUGCUACGCUGUGGCAGAUUCAUCAUCGGAAGUAACUCCAGUUGGUUAUGGCUACACCAUCUCAAGUGUAAACAAUAAUCCCACAAGAAACUCUUUGACUGCUUACCUUAACCUCAUCAAGUUCUCCUCUGUUUUCGGACCCGACAUUCCACACCUCAACCUCGCUGCCAGUUUUGAGACUAAGGAUAGGUUAAGAGUAAGAAUCAGUGACUCCUAUCACAAAAGAUGGGAAGUUCCACAAGAAGUGAUUCCUAGAGAGACCUUUCAAUAUCACCCUUUCCGUUCUCUCAAUAGCAAGCAAGGUUUCAACCAUAUCCAACAACCAAAACACACUCUCACUCAUCCACACUCAGACCUGAUCUUCACACUCCACAACACCACCCCAUUUGGUUUCACUGUCUCACGUAAAUCCUCCAACGAUGUCCUCUUCGACACUGCACCAGACCCUUCAAACCCUGCAACGUUUCUCAUCUUCAAAGACCAGUACUUGCAACUUUCUUCAUCCCUCCCUGCACAUAGGGCCUCUCUCUAUGGUCUCGGGGAACACACCAAGAGCUCCUUCAAGCUGCAACCCAACGAGACCCUCACGCUGUGGAAUGCAGACAUAGCUAGUGCCAACCUUGACGUGAAUCUUUAUGGGUCUCACCCGUUUUACUUGGAUGUUAGAUCGCCAUCCCCAGAUGGAAUAGUGAAGGCUGGGACAACACAUGGUGUUUUGUUGCUUAACAGCAAUGGAAUGGACAUUGUGUAUGGUGGCGAUCGUGUUACUUUUAAGGUGAUUGGUGGGAUAUUUGAUCUGUAUUUUUUUGCUGGAUCCUCUCCGGAACUUGUGUUGGAACAGUACACUGAACUCAUUGGGAGGCCUGCUCCCAUGCCUUAUUGGUCCUUUGGUUUUCAUCAGUGUCGAUAUGGCUACAAGAAUGUAAGUGAUCUCGAGGGUGUGGUUGCCAACUAUGCAAAAGCAGGUAUACCCCUUGAAGUUAUGUGGACAGAUAUUGAUUACAUGGCUGCAUUUAAAGAUUUCACAUUUGAUCCUAUCAACUUUCCACUGGAUAAGAUGAGAAGAUUUGUUGAUACUCUUCACCGAAACAGUCAGAAAUAUGUGCUUAUCUUGGAUCCCGGUAUCAGUGUAAACAAGACAUAUGCAACCUUUAUUAGAGGUUUGCAGGCUGAUAUCUACAUAAAGAGAAAUGGAGUCAAUUAUUUGGGUGAAGUUUGGCCUGGACCAGUUUACUACCCUGAUUUUCUAAACCCCCGCAGCCAAGCAUUUUGGGGUUGGGAAAUCAAAAUAUUUCAGGACCUUCUCCCUUUCGAUGGUCUUUGGCUUGACAUGAAUGAGUUAUCUAAUUUCAUUACUUCUCCUCCCACUCCAUUUUCUAGUCUUGAUAACCCUCCCUACAAAAUUAACAAUGCUGGAGUUCUACGACCAAUUAAUAACAAUACAGUCCCAGCAACAUCUUUACACUUUGGUCAUAUCACAGAGUAUGAUGCCCACAAUUUGUAUGGACUCCUGGAAAGCAAAGCAACUAACAAGGCUUUAGUGGAUAUAACGGGUAGAAGGCCAUUCAUUCUCAGUAGAUCAACUUUUGUAAGCUCUGGUAAGUAUGCAGCCCAUUGGACAGGAGAUAAUGCUGCUACAUGGAAUGAUUUGGCAUACUCAAUCCCAUCAAUAUUAAAUUCUGGAAUCUUUGGAAUUCCAAUGGUUGGAGCAGAUAUAUGUGGUUUCUCAGGAGAUACAACUGAAGAACUUUGCAGGCGCUGGAUCCAGUUGGGGGCUUUUUAUCCCUUUGCUAGAGAUCAUUCAGCUAUAGAAUCCAUCCGGCAAGAGCUUUACCUUUGGGAUUCAGUUGCUGCAUCAGCUAGGAAAGUGCUUGGCCUCCGUUAUCGUCUUCUCCCUUAUUUGUACACAUUAAUGUAUGAAGCACAUACAAAAGGGACACCAAUUGCAAGACCCCUUUUCUUUUCAUUCCCAGAGGAUGUUGCAACAUAUGAAAUAAACUCUCAGUUUCUAUUAGGGAAAGGGGUUCUGGUGUCACCUGUACUAGAAUCUGGGGCAGUCACUGUUGAUGCUUACUUUCCUGCUGGAAGCUGGUUUGACCUCUUUAAUGUCUCAAAUUCAGUGAAUGCAAAAUCAGGCAAUUAUGUCACUCUUGAUGCACCAUCUGAUCACAUAAAUGUGCAUGUUGGGGAAGGUAACAUUUUGGCCUUGCAAGGAGAAGCAAUGACAACUGAAGCUGCACGGAAGACUGCAUUUCAGCUUGUGGUGGUUGUCAGUAGCAGCAGAAAUAGUUAUGGACAAGUCUAUUUGGAUAAUGGGGAGGCACUUGACAUACAAGUUUGGAGAGAGCAGUGGACAUUGGUAAGAUUUUAUGGUGCAUUACACAACAAUAGUGUUAUUGUUACAUCUAAGGUCACUAAUGGAAGAUUUGCUCUGGACCAAAGGUGGAUCAUAGAUAAGGUAACUUUCUUGGGGAUACCAAAGCAUAAGGGAUAUAAUAGAACGGAUUUGGCAGGGAAUGAGUUAAAUGUUGUGAAAGGUACAAAUCCAACGAGGAAGACAGUUGUGAAUACACAAUUUGAUAGCUCCUCUCAGUUUCUUAUUAUAGAAGUUUCAAAAUUGUCACAGCUUAUUGGAGAGGAGUUUAAGAUGGAGAUUGAAAUCAGGUAAAGGGAACUUUGAGAAAGCAGAUUCCCACUGAGAAUCUGUGCUUUUUUCAUAGUUGUACUUCUUUGUAGAGUCCCUUCUUUCACCCCAUCUAAGGUUACUUAUUAGGGAUGGCAUUUUCUUAAGUCAAAACUCCAACAUUCAUAAAAUGUCAUCUUUUGUAUAAAAAAUAAAUAUUACAGAAUACUGUCUAGUGUCAACAGUUAUGAAGCUCAAGUAUGAGCCUAUCCGUCUAUCAAUA